ACAAACAUGAACUCCAUUCUGUUCGCUUGCCGAAGAAUCCAAGUUUCGUCUACACCAAAACUUGUAUAUUCGCUUCUAGCAACAGCAAGAACGAUGACGACCACUGUGGAAAACCCCAUCGAGUGUGCUAUUCGUAACGGGCUUACAAAAGAGCUAGCACCAGUGCAUUUAGAGGUUGUAAAUGAAUCGUACAUGCAUAAUGUACCGAAAGGGUCGGAAACGCACUUCAAAGUUUUAGUCGUUUCUCAACAAUUUGAUGGGCAGCCGCUGAUUAAGCGACAUAGAAUGGUAAACGAGAUUGUGAAAAACCACCUUGCGGGAGACUUUGUACAUGCACUCUCCAUCGUGGCGAAAACUCCACAGCAGUGGGAUGAAGCAUACAAGCUAGAUCCUAGUCCAAACUGUAAGGGAGGAUUUGGAAAAUAAAUUGAUGAUUCAUGAGAACUUGUGAGCAGCAUUAUGGGAUGGACACCGUUGAUAGAUAUUUGUAAGUUUGUGUAGUUGCAGAGCAGACUAAACCAAAAUUAAAUUGUUUGACGUUAAAACUCUCUACUUGUAGCAAUAUUUUAUUAAUUAUGGGAAUUUUCAGAUGCUGUAGGUAUCUAAACGAAGUUUUCCGUCGUUUUCGGUGAAAUACAUCAUAUCCGCCAUGGUCUGCUCACAGAUCAUG